CCGAGUCCACUCUCACUUUUGUGUGAUGUCGAGAGCUGGACUCCUGGCAGGGAUGUGCAUAAUGGCAGUCAACCUUCAUCUCGUAGAAGUUUUGGCUCGAGUACUAGUGAUAAUGACCGCCUGCGUCAACGGGGUGAACAACCUACAUACUCUUUUGUAGGAAUGCAUUGCAUCUUUGAUCAGUGCAGAGCCUCGGUUACUGUUUUGAAGUUUGGGCACAUGAGCUCAGAUCUGCUUGCGUAUAGAGCAUCAGAUGGAACCUUGACAGUAUGCACUGUCUCUGAUCCUCCUUCAAUUCUCAAGCAUCUGAAUGGUCACUCCAAAGAUGUUACAGUGGAUGCAUAUUUCUUUGGUAAGAUUUUGUUUCCUGCAUCAUCAUCUCCACUUGGUUAUGGGACCAACGCUAUUUUCCCGGUCUUUGUUCUAAACACCAUGUCUUGUUUAUUUUCAAACUUUGAUUUCUCGUCAAACAAUCAGUACAUUGCAUCCUCAUCGUUGGAUAAAACUGUGAGAGUAUGGGAGAUUUCAAAAGGCCUAUGCAUAAGAGUAAUAUAUGGAGUUUCUCCACAACUGUGUAUUCGUUUUCACCCUGUAAACGGUAAGGGUUGCAUACCUACGCUUGUUGUUUCUUCAGAAAGGAGAACAUGA